AAGGUGUUAACCCUUGAAUAUUGAUUCUUGUUCACAUCACAAUGGCGGGACCUGAACCCUCUCCUUCUCCAAAAAUCCUUUUAGCAAAACCAGGACUCGUCACCGGAGCUCCACUCACCGGAAAAUUCACCCGCGGCGGAGCCACCGAAGAUGAUUCUACACGACUCCGUUCUCGUCUUCCUUCCGUCGCAUCUCUCAACCUUCUCUCCGAUUCCUGGGAUUUCCACUUCGAUCGCUUUCUCCCCUUUUUGACUGAGAACACUGAUUUCACUGUGAUUGGAGUCAUUGGUUCACCUGGAGUUGGAAAAUCUACUAUCAUGAAUGAACUUUAUGGUUUUGAUUCAACUUCUCCUGGGAUGCUACCACCUUUUACUAUUCAAUCUGAAGAGAAUAGAGCUAUGGCUAGACAUUGUUCUAUUGGCAUUGAACCUAGGAUAUCUUCUGAACGGAUUAUUCUUCUUGAUACGCAGCCGGUAUUUAGUGCUUCUGUUUUAUCUGAGAUGAUGAGACCUGAUGGUUCUUCAACAAUUUCUGUGCUGAGUAGAGAAUCCUUGUCGGCUGAAUUGGCUCAUGAACUUAUGGGUAUUCAGCUUGCUGUUUUUCUAGCAUCUGUAUGUCAUAUUCUGCUGGUGGUGUCCGAGGGAGUCGAUGAUGAUAGCAUGUGGCAUUUGAUGUCGACGGUUGACUUGUUGAAGCAUGACAUUUCAGACCCAUCAUUGCUGGCUUCAUCCCUUUCACAUAACUCUAGCUCAGGGCAUGAUAACAAUAACAAAGUUCCUGAAUGUGAAUACAUGGCCACUCCUGUUUUUGUACAUACCAAGCUACAAGAUCAAGAGUUGACUUCUAAAAAUUGUUUGAAGCUGAAGAAGGCACUCAUGCAGUAUUUCAAACCAUCCUCUUUUGUUAGAGAAAACACUGGAAACAAGCCCAGCGAAGAAAAUCACUUGGAUUCUGACACACUAAAUUUGUUUACCAUCCCAUUUAAGAAAAAAGAGGAAAAUCCAAGAGCUCAGCAUGAGAGUUACAUUUCUGCUCUAUGGAAAUUAAGGGAUCAGAUUUUAGCCAUGAAGUCGCCAUCUUUCAGGAGACCGGUGUCUGAGCGUGAAUGGUUGAAAAAUUCAGCCAAGAUAUGGGAACAGGUUAAAAACUCCCCAACAAUAUUUGAGUACUACAAAACACUUCAACAUUCCGGUAUGUAUAGGAGCUAGAAGUUUAUCGAAGGUAGAACAAUUCAAGACAGUCUCGGAAAUUUUGUUUCAAGAUGUAUCUUAUUUAAUGUUAAAUUAGCAUAUUCUUGUAUGGAUAUUACAUUUGUAUCGCCAAUUUUAUAGCUAGUGAGUACAAUUCUGUAAGCUAUAGCAAUGCUAAAUUUAUUGUGUUUUGCGCAAACAUUGACAUGUUAAUGUCUUGCUAGCUUCACCAAUUGGUUUCUAGGACCUUUAGGUUGCUUUUUGUUUUUUUAUACAAGGACUAUUUGGUUGCUAUAACUUGAUUAAUGAGAGUUGUAACCCUUCUGAUUGCGGCUUUGCUUGCUAGCUUGACCAAUUGGGGCCAUGGCUGGCGCCUGCUGGGGCUUUUGCUACCAUGACCAUGGGGGCCAUGUUCAUCUACUGAAACAAGAAGAGUUUAAGACC